AUGGUGCCAGCCGAUCUGCUGGCCAAUGAGAGGGCCAGGAUGCGGAAGCGACUAGACGACCAGGAUGAUAUGACCUCCAAAAGUGGUAUUAAGACAGAAGAACGAGCCAUCAGCACCAGAGCGUGGCAGUCCAGAUGGGACCGCUCUCCAAACGGCAGGUGGACGCACAGGCUACUCCCUGACGUAGGUCACUGGCUGUCGAGGCCACCACUCGGUCUAACGUACCACCUGACCCAGGCCCUGUCCGGACACGGAUGUUUCAGAAAAUAUCUGCACGACAGAGACCGGGCCGUAGACAGCUACUGCACGUACUGUAUGUCAGUGGCACCGAUCGUGUUUAAUAUAUCAUCAGUCCAGCAUUAUCUAUAA